UGAACGAGAGGACGUGAGUGUUUCUGAGAGUGCGCAGUAGGGUCGUUCGGCCGCGAGCGGGCAGCCUAGGCCGGAGACUGGAACGGCUGGGCGAUGGGGGCGGCGGCCGCAGAGGCCGACCGCACUCUGUUCGUGGGUAACCUGGAGACGAAGGUGACAGAGGAGCUCCUCUUCGAGCUGUUCCACCAGGCUGGGCCAGUAAUAAAGGUGAAAAUCCCAAAAGAUAAAGAUGGCAAACUGAAACAGUUUGCAUUCGUGAAUUUCAAACACGAAGUGUCUGUUCCUUAUGCCAUGAAUCUUCUCAAUGGAAUCAAACUUUUUGGGAGGCCUAUCAAAAUUCAGUUUAGAUCAGGAAGUAGUCACGCCUCUCAGGAUGCCAGUAUGUCAUAUCCCCAGCAUCAUGUUGGAAAUUUAAGCCCUACCUCCACAUCUCCUAACAGCUAUGAAAGGACAGUGGGUAACGUGACUCCGCCAGCACAGAUGGUCCAGAGGUCCUUUUCUUCUCCAGAAGAUUAUCAGCGGCAAGCAGUGAUGAACAGUGUUUACAGACAGAUGUCAUAUGCUGGGAAAUUUGGUUCUCCACAUGCAGAUCAGCUGGGAUUUUCAUCAUCAGCUCAACCACAUGCUUGGCAGGACGCGGUGGAGUAG